AUGACCCAGUUAAUACGCGCUGAGUUGAGAGACCUGAAACUUUCCCUAUUUUUUUUUCUAAGCCCAGCACCACGAAAUCGAAGCUUGUACCCGCAGCUCAAGUCCAGGACGGAGAAACAGUGCGGACGAAUGUUGGUAACACAAACCUUCGGUGACCGAGCCCGCAAUCGUCUCUUUUACCUGUGGGACCGUAACAAUGGACUCAAAUUUAAAGUUGACACUGGUGCAGCCAUCAGCGUGAUACCACCCACCAACAGAUCCGCCUUGAAAGCCACCUCAUUCCAAUUUCGAGCGGCAAAUGGCUCCACCAUAGAAACCUAUGGGACCAAGGAGCUUACCUUAAACAUCAACAUCAGGCGCGACCUCAAGUGGUCAUUCACUGUAGCUGACGUCAGGAUACCCUUGCUCGGUGCCGACUUCUUGGCACAUUACAACCUGGCUGUCCAUAUGAAGACGAGGACCCUGUCCGACAACACGUCAUCCAUCAAGAUCACAGGGAUCCCUUCGAGUUACAACACAACUAGGAUCAGCGUGGCAACACAGCACGACCCACGCUACGUAGAAAUCCUGCGCCGGUACAAGCACCUCACGCAACCCAUCAAACCAACUGAUGCAGGCGACCAUCAGACCCAACACCAUAUAAAGACCACGGACAACCAGCAUAUUCACGGCCACGACGACUCCCUCCACACAAAUUAG